CAAACUGAACCUGUAAACACUUCUCCCAGCUUACCAUCAACACAACCCCUACAAUGCCAGACGCACCAGACCCAUAUACCCGGCGACGACCCCGCUCCGGCUCGCGCUCACCCGGCCCCUCUCGGGAUCAUCGCGACAGCCGAUCCCGCCGCCACGACACCCACCGCAGCUCACGACGAGACAGCUCUCGACGACGCGACCACACCGACCGGGAGCGCAGCCAUCGAGACAGCAGCGACCGCCACCGCAGAGAGAGACGAGACCGCGAGCGCAGCCCGCGCGACGAGCACGAGCACGACCGUUCGCGCCGGCGUCGACACCGAGGCCACGACGACGACGACCACGACGACGAGGGAAACUCCCACUCCCACCGCACCUCGCAUCGCCGACACCGCGAGCACACCGAACGAACGCACCCCGCCUCCUCCUCCUCCCGCCGCCAGCACCGCCAUUCCUCACGCUCGCGCUCACGCAGCCCUCCCAAAGCCACAAUCCGCUCCACGCAACCCCUCCCCUCUCAACAAUCCGCCUACACCAACACCACCUCCCAGCCCGCAGACCCAGACGCGCCCCCGCCCCCUCCCAAAGAAAAACCCAACUUUGGCACGACCGGCCGUUUAGCAGCCGAAAGCAACACCAUCACCACCACCACGGGCGCCUCCGUGGUGCUCAAAUACCACGAACCACCCGAAGCGCGCAAGCCGCCGGCGAAAGACGGCUGGCGGUUGUACGUCUUCAAAGGCCCAGAUCUUCUGGAGAUGGUGGAGUUGAAUGUGCGGAGCUGCUGGCUGGUGGGACGGGAGCAUGCGGUGGUGGACUUUCCCUUAGACCAUCCGAGUUGCUCGAAGCAGCAUGCUGCCAUCCAAUUUCGGUACAUUGAGAAGAAGAAUGAGUAUGGCGAUCGGGUGGGGCGGGUGAGGCCGUAUAUUAUUGAUUUGGAGAGUGCGAAUGGGACGAGUCUGAAUGGGGAGGUAGUGCCCGCGGGACGGUUUGUGGAGGUGAGGGAUAAGGAUGUGGUGAAGUUUGGGUUGAGUGAGAGGGAGUAUGUUUUUAUGUUAACCAAAGGGGAGUAAGUCUUUAGGAGGGGGUUGGUUGCAGUUUUGCUACAAGCCCCGUUGCAGCAGCUCCAUGGAUAAACGUCUGAGAGACCCGGAGGACCUUCAUCUAGACAUCACUUGGGUAACUAUGAAUACACUUAAUAGAGGAGCACGCCCACUGGCUUCAUCGGUGCAUC